CCGCGCAGGUGAAGUCUGCCUGCGGGGCGGCGCGUUGCCGCAGGGACGGGAGCUGAACGGGAGCAUGGAGGCUGGGGCAGCCCGCGGAGCCGCAGGCGGUUACCCGGUGGACGUUCUGGAAGAUGACCCCGACGGGUGCCGGGAAGCCGCCCUGGCGUACUACGCUGCGCUCAGGGCAGGGACGCGGCCCACGGAAGAGGUCUUCUCCCUCCCCACGGGGGAGCAGGUCACCCUCGAGGCUCCCUCCGUUUGCUUUUGCUCGGUGCAUCGCGACGAACCUCAGCACCAAAUCUUGGCCUUGGUCAGUCCCCGGGACACCAAGACAGUCAUGGCCGUCCACCUGCAGGGGUCCUGGUGGGCCACCGAAGACGUGCUGAGGACCUCGGACCCUGCCAGAGAGGGGCUGGUGAAGGUUCAGUCGUUUGCGGAAAGGAUCGUGCUUUUCAUCCUCAACGUUGUUGUUUUCGGAAGGCUGGAGAGAAGACUGGACAACGACGACAUGUUUUUUCUACCUUUCUCCGGGAAGGAGGAGGCUAAAGUUCUGUGGAGGGACGGUGCGGCCGUUGGGUUUUACACAACCAAGGCGAAAGGCAGCCUGUGCGGCAACGGCACAGGUGCGUGCUACCUGCUGCCUGUCUUGGACACCGUGUUUGUCCGGAGGGGACACCGUUGCCGAGGCCUGGGCAUGGCCAUGCUGCAGGACUUCUGCGAGGACUUCCGCGAGGACAGCGCGCUGGGGGUCAGCUGGCCCAUCUCUCCUGCCAUGCUCCAAGUCUGCAGGAAGUUCCUGUCGGCCCACCCAGAGGAGCGGGGGCGCCUGUGGGAGGUGGAGCCCCCGGGGGCCUGGGGCCAGCGGGACAGCAUCUGGCUGAAGGUUCAGCUGGGACAGUCACGACUUCCAGACCCUCUCCCAGGAAAUCCCUCGGAAGACGGGAGCAGUCCCGGGCAGACGUCUCAGGAUGACGGACCCAGGCAGUCCAGGAGUGGGGAAAGCAGCCAGGAGAGGAUCGGUGGCGUGGAACCGGAGGAGGCCAAGGAAGAUCAGGACUGCGCGGUGGGAGAAGCCGCAGCGGAGCUGCCCGGGAGACGCUGCCGGGCGGAGCUGGACGGGAAGAGGGCCUAGUGGGUGGAGGUGGCGGCCGGCAGGGGGCGUGGCAGAAGCACUUGCCUCCUGACUCCCGGAGGCCCACCCUGUGGCGCAGGGCACGUGGGUUUGUGUGACCUUGAGCUCCCAUCUGUCCUUGCUGUGUCUUCCUCUGACCUUUGAGGUGCGAGUAUAUAUUUCCCAGGCUCAGACUCCAGAAGCCCACUGGUCAGGCCUGAUCUGGUGUCCGUAACUCAGGAUGAACCUGGACACCUGCAUAGGAACUGCAUGAAUGAGCCGUUCUUCAGCCCAGGAAGCUCCAGGGAGGGCCGCGCCUGGGGGGUCUGCACAGCAGAGAGCCCUCAGGGUGCGCUCCAGCCCCGAGGUUGCUGAGAGACUGCAGACUCGGGGGACUCCAGGGAGACACGCCCCUUCCGUGGAGAAGCUUCCUGAGGGCGGGG